GUUUUAUGUGUCGUGUGUUCUUUAUUAAUUGUUGUAAGUGUCCUUAUAUUUACGGAAUCAAAAUAAAUUGAUAUUAUUUAUCAAGAAUACAUGUAUGUAUUUGCGAAUUUAAAAGGAGAAGACACGAAAAGGAUCCAUGACGAACGUGAAGAAUACCUGAAGAAUCCAUAUUUUGUAAAGCACGAAUACGGAGAUUUCACACCUUUUUAUAUUACUAUCACAAUUUGUUCUGUAAUAGGUGGAUUUAUAUUUCUUUUGAAUAUUGUAUUCUGCUGGUGUUCCCGUCACAGAGCUUAUUGGCAAGAUCGUCAUACUGGAAAUCGAUACAUUCAAUCUUUGUGGACUGUAUUGCCACAUAAAACUCCACCUCUGGAUUUAACCGAAUUAGAAUCCAUUCACACUACACAACCGAUAGUUAAGUCUGAAGUAAUAGAAUAUCACGAUACUGAAUCUCAAGGAAAAGGUUCUAAUUCGCAGGAAUACUUGGAAAUGCAUAAACGUGAAAGUGAAAUAUAAUUUCACUUUAAUUUUAAUGUUUUAUGAUUGAGAAACGUUGUGAGAGAUAUACGUUCUAUUACAUACUUUAACUCCGUCCAUUUCUAUACUAAAGAGAAUCUUACAUACAUAUAUAUAUAUAUACUACAUUUUUGUUAAUUUUAUAUGACAAACAAUUUUCUCUUUUUGAAAGAUUUUUUUUUAUAUUGAUAUACAAGUAUAUGUAUUUUAUUUGAACUUAAAAAAUAUUAAUUAAGGAUGUUUGGAGUUAAACCAAAAGGCUUCACAUCUUUAAUAGUAUAAAAAAAAUUCAUGCAAAAGAAAUGAUUUUAAAGAAAUCUCUAAUAAUAGUCAAAGCAAAGAUAGUAUUUAAAUCCGUCCAUGAUUUUAUAUUAAUAAAUAUGAUGUACUUUGCAUGACCUAUUAUAUUUAGGAUAUAAUAUAUAAAAAUAUUUUGUAUUUUUUAUAUAGCCAAUUUUUUCAUUACGAAUAAAAUGCUUUUGUUUGCAUAAACAUUCCUUAAACAUAAUUUUUUAUUCAUAGGAAUAAGAUUAUAAUUAUAAUAUUAAAAUAAUAUUAUAAAGAAAUGAAAUAUAUAAGCACAUACGAUAUUAUAUUUAGAUUUUAUAUAUAAUAUUUAAUUUUUAUUGACAACAUUGGAUUUUUGUUACAUGUGUAAUGGUUACAUGAUUUUAUUUAAUAAGUAGAUACAUUAUACAAUUUUUUUUUUCUUUUUUUAUUAUGUAAUGUCAAUUCAUAAAUAAAUCCAGUGAUGAAUCAAAUAAACUACAAGAUUUACUCUAGUCAAGAAGUUAGAAAGAAAUAAUAUUUCUUAAAAAAUCAUAAAACAGAAAUUAAAUCUUAACUUUUUGAACUAACUAUUCGGUUCAAUCGAUUGAAUAAAAUUUGAUUGUGUUCAUGGCAGUGGCUAAAUGCUUACUGCAUAAUGCAAAAAAAAAAAUAAUAAUGAUGAUGAUAAUUUAUUUAUAAUAACGAGCUUAAACUAUUAUAACAGAGUAUCAAUGAAACUUGACGGUAAUCGAGCAUGAUAUCGAUAAUAAUGUACUUGAAAAUUUUUGUCGAUUAUAAUGUUAUAGAUUUGCAAAGCGAACAAUAAUAAUAAUAGUAAUAAUAAUAAUAUUAAUAAUAAUAAUAAUAAUAAUAAUAAUAAUAAUAAUAAUAAUAAUAAUAAUUACAAAUCGAAUUUCUUAUUCUCAUGUAAGGAGAGAGAGAGAGACAUUAAAAGUCUAAAUUCUGUUUACUAUCAUCGAAGGAUUUGAAAAAAUUAAUUUUUCUAAUUAUUUAACGUAUAUUUUCUAUUAAUGCUAUAUUACAAUGCGGUUUAAAACACAAAGAACUCUCAUUUUUAUUUUUUGUUCUUUUCUUUUUCUUUUUUUUGUUUCUUAAGUUCCAUACACAGAGAAGUCAAGCAUGAUAUUUUUAGUUUAAUACUUAAUAGACACGCUUAAUGAUAAUAAUAACUAUAUAUAAUAAUAAUGAGCCCAUAGAGAACGUAUAAUGUGUAUAAUGCUAUCUUAAAUUCUACUAUUUUAAUAAAUUUUAUUUUUAAUCAUCA